GCAAAUUUGGAUGGUUUCGUAUAUGUAUGGGCUGUCCACGGUUCAUGGAGCAGGAUGGUCAUUGUGCCAUUCGCCGCUCCCAGCAGACCCCCCUCAUGAGCUUCAACGUCCAUAGUCUCUCGAUGCACAUCAUGGACUUCACAGUCGACACGACUAACAACGUCGUGUACUACCAACUGGAGCUCCUUGACGACGACUCGGGCGAAUCCAUGACGGUCUUGCGGCGAUACAGUGUCAUUGCCGCCUUCCGCACGGCGCUGCUCAAGGAACUAGACGGCGCUUGCAAAUGCCCUGCAGACGACAACCGGUGCAAACCAUGCCUAGCCGCUCUCAAGCAAUGCAACUUCCCCGCCAAAAGCUGGUUUCCCAAGGACGGAAUCCAGCCAGAACUGGCCGCCCAGCGUGCGACGGAGCUGUCGUACUUCCUCCAAGAUGUCGUCGCUGUUGGUCGUGACCACGCCCCGCUCUGCAGAUCCAACCAACAGUUCCUCGAAUCUUCCCUCGCCGACGUCCUGGGAGCUCCAUCCCUCACGUCCUUUGCGGCGGUGCCGCCGCGCAACCGCAAGGGCGAACGAAGUGCCUCGUGCGAACUCCCGUCCGACACCGUUCGGCCCUUCUUUCGGGACCGAUCAGGGUCCGUGCCGAUCACGUCCAAGCGGCUCAUCCUGUAGUGAAAAAUGUCCAUCCAAAAUUUAUCUAUUCAAUGUAUCCAC